AUGAGUACUGCCACAGAAAAUGGUGCCAAUAUUCCGCCUAUCCAGAUAAAUCCCAACAAGUUCAAAGGUCAUGUUGUCGUCGUCACUGGAGCGGCCCAAGGGAUCGCGAAAACAACGGCAACACUUUUCGCACAACAAGGUGCCACUGUGGUACUCGUUGACGUGCAAGAAGCGCUUGUGAAGAGUACCACGGCUGGAAUAAAAGAACAGGGCGGGCAUGCCGUAUUCAGAGUCACUGAUAUCGCAUCCGAAGAAGCAUGCAACCAACUAGUGGACUCGGUGAUCGGCGAGUUUGGCAAGAUCGACGUGCUGGUACAGCUUGCAGCCAUUGCCACCCACAAACCCAUUCUUGAUCUGACCAAGACCGACUUCAUUAGGACCAUGGAGGUCAAUGUCUACUCGUGCUUCUAUCUUGCGCGUGCGGUGCUGCCACACAUGCGCAAAGCCGGCUACGGAAGGCUUGUCCAGACGUCCAGUUCAACGACACAGCACGUGUUCGUGGGCCUCAACGCAUAUCUUGCUAGCAAGGGUGCCAUCAUGUCCAUGACGCGUUCGCUCGCCAUCGAGGCUGGCCCGGGUAUCACGUCCAACGUUGUCAUGCCUGGCUUUGUCGAGACUCCCAUGGCCGUGCAAGGCGACGUUAGCACGCGUGAGAGUGUAGGGGCCACGUCCAUCUUCGACUACCACGUUGACCAUCAGUGCGUCAAGCGCCGGGGACAGCCGGAGGACAUAGCACACGCUGUUUGCUUUCUUGCCAGCCCAGAGGCCUCUUUUGUCACGGGCCAGAUCUUGGACGUGAGCGGCGGGUUCACGUUCCAUUGA